AUGUUUCUAGCUACGGCCAGGCUAGGCGGCAUCGUCGCCUUUGCUUCUCUCGCCAAAGGUGCCUUGUAUAACCAAGUGAUCAGUACCAAAUAUGGAGAUGUGCAAGGUUAUCCAGCAUUCAAUGGCAGCACCCAAGGCAUCGAUAAUUGGCAAGACAUCACCGUAUGGAAGGGCAUCCCAUAUGCCGCCUCAACGGCGGUAUCGAAUCGCUUCAAGCCUCCUCAGCCUGUUUCCGCAUGGAAUACCACUAUGUACGCCAAAGAUUUCGGUCCCGUAUGCCCCGCCACCCUGGGCGAGGUCGGAGAUCACACCUUGAGCGAGGACUGCCUCAGUCUUAAUAUCUGGACCGCGGCGAAUUCGACGGAUGCGAAGCUCCCUGUCGCCAUAUGGAGCUACCCAGCAGGGUCAACAUCUGGAGACGCGCUGUUCGACGGCGGCGGCAUGGCGGAUAAGGGGGUCGUCCAUGUCACUUAUAACUACCGCAACGGCGCACUCGGAUGGCUUGCUCACCCAUGGCUCUCUGCCGAGAUGAGCGCGAGCUACGGCACAAACAGCUCCGGAAAUUGGGCCGUGCUCGACCAGCAAGCAGCCGUGAAAUGGAUACACGAAAAUAUUGCCGCUUUUGGAGGCGACCCAGACCAGAUCACUGUCAUGGGCCAGUCUGCCGGUUCUGCAGCUACAUACCACAUCGUCAACAGCCCUCUCGUGAAGGGCCUCAUCAAAGGCGCCAUCAUUCAGAGCGGCGUCCGAUACCCGAAAGAUCCGCUGUGCUCUAGUCUCGCCGAAAAUUACGGCACUCUUGAUGCCGCUCUUGCAAAGGGAUCCAGCUAUGUCUCAGGACUCAAUGCAACAUCACUUGAGGAGCUUAGGGCGCUCCCGCUUUCUGCCUUCGGGACUACCGCCUCUCCUCCCGGUCAGGGCAAUGAUUCCUUUGGCGCAGUCCUCGAUCACUACGCCUUGCCUACCACGUACAUGGAAUCGCUUCUACAAGGCGCAGCGAACGAUGUACCCAUCAUGACGGGCAACACCAAGGACGAAAGCGGCGCGUCGUACGGUCUUAACAUAUCUGCGUCGACAUACCUCUCCGACCUUAACACCACGUACGAAUCCUGGGCGAACGACUUCCUCGCCGCCUACGGAGGUGCUAACAGCAGUGCGGCAGUCUCCGCAGCAUACAACGCACAGUGGAGCGACCGCUCUGCCGUGGGCACAUGGUUGUGGAGCCAACUCUGGGCUACUUCCUCCCAGCAACCCGUAUACAACUACUUCUGGGACCACGCGCCGCCCGGCCAAACCCAGGGUGCCUACCACGAAUCGGAGAUCAACUACGUGCUCAACAACUUGUAUGGGACCGAUCUGCCGUGGACUGCAGAUGAUUAUGCGAUUGCGGAAAAGAUGAAUGCGUACUGGGUGAAUUUCAUUAAGACGGGCGAUCCGAAUGGCGGGAACUUGACGCGUUGGGAGCAGACGGGGGCGGAACAGAUUGUGCAGCGCGUGGGUAAUGGAUGGGGUGCGAUGCCGCUCACACAUGUGGAGUUGUUUGAAGAAUGGUUUGGGAAUUUGACCACGGUGUACUAG